AACACUUCUACCCCACCUCUUUCUCCCCCUCUAUAUAUUCCUCCUCUUCUCCCCCCUUCUCUUUCCUCAUAUACAUCUCACUUCUCUCUCUUCAUCUCUUUCUCACAAAUCUGCUCUACUCUCCAUUAAUCUUCUCUGAAAAAGCUUUUUAAAAAGUAAGCAAAAAUAUUAAAAAAUGGCGGAAAUUACCUUAAUAAAAAGGCCAAGAGAAGAAACCCAAGAUGUGAUUGAACAACAAGAGGAAGAUCUCUUUAAACGCCAAAAAUCUUACAAAGAAAUACUUACCCUUCUUGAGGAGGAAGAAGAUGAGCCUGUAGAGGACUUAUCUUCCUUAAUCUCUACCCUCCAGGAAGAGAUUUCUUCUUCUACUUCUUCUUCUUCCUCCUCUUUAUCUUCAUCAGUACCCGAUCCGACCCAUGACCCAGCCCGCUCCGGCUCUGAAAUUCCAUCUACUGGGUCUGGAUCUGGAUCUGGAUCGGAGGAGGAUGAACAGGAAAACGUUAUGAGGCACCUUCUGGAAGCUUCUGACGACGAGUUGGGUAUACCCAACAGUAGUAACGUAACCGACGGUUUUGAUGAGGUGGUUGGAGGACAGGUGGACGGUGGAGAUAUGUUUUCACCUGUCGGUGGUGAAGGGAUUUGGGAGUUUGAAGAUUUUGAAGCUGCUAAUUAUUACAAUAUGUUACAGUCUUGCGAGAUAUUUCUGUAGUAGUCCUUUAAAUUCCCUGAAUUUGCAAAGACGUCCUUGUUGUUGAGGGGGGUAUUUUAUUUAGUUAUAGGGGGUAAAAAGAAAAAGGAAAAAUUAGGGAGGAUUAGAGAGAAAUGAAAAGCUGAUUUUGGGGUGUUUUCAUUUUGGUCCCUAUGUCUCUUUCUUUGUAAAUUGUGUGGUAGAAUAUGAAAAAAAGUAGGAUGACAAAUUAUUUGACUAAUUUUAUUUUUGUUUAUGUUAUAGGAUUAUUAUUAAUAGAAUCAUUCUUUUAUUACUAA